AAACCCUAGUUCUGGCACCAGAGAACCACAAGCCCUUCUCUCCGACUCCAUUAGCACCAAACCCUAGAAUCCUCGAGCUCCAUCAAUGGCGACGACCAACCACAACACCCCCAACCUAGAGUGCCGGAUGUACGAGGCCAAGUACCCCGAGGUCGACAUGGCCGUCAUGAUCCAGGUGAAGAACAUCGCCGACAUGGGCGCAUACGUCUCCCUCCUCGAGUACAACAACAUUGAGGGCAUGAUCCUCUUCUCCGAGCUCUCCCGCCGCCGUAUCCGCAGCGUUAGCAGUCUCAUCAAGGUUGGCCGCCAGGAGCCUGUCAUGGUUCUCCGUGUUGAUCGCGAGAAGGGCUACAUCGAUCUCUCUAAGCGCCGUGUCUCCGAGGAGGAUAUCCAGGCCUGCGAGGAGCGGUACAAUAAGAGCAAGCUUGUUCAUUCCAUCAUGCGCCAUGUCGCGGAGACCAUGGGCCUUGACCUUGAGGACCUCUAUAUUCAUGUCGGAUGGCCCCUCUACCGCCAGUAUAUCCAUGCUUUUGAGGCGUUCAAGCUGAUUGUCACGGAUCCGGAUUCAGUUUUGGACAAGCUGACGCGGGAAGUGAAGGAAGUAGGGCCUGAUGGGCAGGAGGUGACCAAGGUGGUGCCGGCGAUGACUCCGGAGGUGAAGGAUGCAUUGGUGAAGAACAUCCGGAGGAGGAUGACCCCGCAGCCCCUGAAGAUUCGGGCAGACAUUGAGAUGAAGUGCUUCCAGUUUGAUGGGGUCCUUCACAUUAAGGAAGCUAUGAAGAAGGCAGAAGCAACUGGUAAUGAGGAUUGUCCUGUGAAGAUUAAACUGGUUGCUCCUCCCUUGUAUGUUCUCACCACGCAGACUCUUGACAAGGAACAAGGAAUUUCUGUUCUAAGUAAUGCCAUCAAAGCUUGCACUGAGGCCAUAGAGUCUCACAAGGGAAAACUUCUGGUGAAGGAAGCACCAAGAGCUGUGAGUGAACGAGAUGACAAGCUACUCGCCGAGCAUAUGGCCAAAUUGCGGUCUGCCAACGAAGAAGUCGAUGGAGAUGAAGGCAGCGAAGAAGAGGAAGACACAGGCAUGGGUGAAAUCGAUGUGGAAAACAGCGGCAAUUUGGCCGACUGAAAAUAAAACAACGCGCAAAUCCAUAUAUAUUGAUUCCACCGAUGUCGCAAUCCUCAGAGAGCCAAUGUAUACAACCAAUUAGCAAGUAUUAUUCUACUCCCAAUCUUAGUUUCUGGCUAUUAAAUCACAGAGAAAAUUUUGUUGACCUGUGGUGCUUUUCCUCUCCUCUUUUCAGUAUAAUACUUGUUUCUGAUUUCCAAAAUACUGAGAUUGUUUGCUAUGUUUUUUAAAUCAUUCCUUUGAGAAUCAUAUCAUGAGUUCAUGUUC